GAGCACUGGAUCAACUUUAUAAAGAAUACAGGUUGUUCCCCAAUUCAUAGAUGCUAAAAUUAUAUGAAUAAUCAGUUUUCAGAUGAAGAAAUAAAAACUGUCUCUAGCCACAGAAAAAAGCACUAAAUCACUAUGAAGAAUACAAAUUUAAACAACUCUUACUUUUCAUGCCUAUCAAAUUUUCUUAAAGAGACAGGAAAGGAAAAUGAAAAAUGUUGGAGGUGAUGGGGGAAUAUUUGAGACACUAAGGUACAGAUGGUGGAAUUGUGAACUGAUUCAUCUAUUCUAGAGAACAAUGUGGACAUAUGCUCAAGGAGCUAUACAAUUGUGCAUAUUCUUUGACUUGGCAAUAUCACGACUAAGACAGUAUCCCAAAGAGAUUAGAAAUUUUUAAAAGAUGAAAAAAAUGUCCCUAUAUGUACAAAAUAAUUUAUGGCAGGUCUUUUUUGUGUUGAAGAACUUAAAAUUUCAGGGAUAACAUUCAAUUGUGAAAUGGCUGAAAAAUUUGUGGUAUGUGAUUGUAACAAUAUUAUUGUGCUACAUGAAAUGAUGAUUAAGAUGAUUUCAAAAAACCUGGAACACUUAUAUGAACUGAUGCAAAAUGAAGGGAGCAGAAGCAGAACACUGGGUGCAUGAACAGCAAUGCUAUGCAAUGAUCAACUGUAAAUGACUUUGCUAUGCCCAGAAAUACAAAGAUUGAAAGACAGUUCUGAAGAACUGAAAAAUGUUAUCCACUUACAGUGGAAAAGGUGAUGGAAUCUAAAUGCAGAGCAAAACAUUUUUUUUUACUUUAUUUUCCUUUUUUUACUGGUAUGUUUUAUUUCUCAACAUAUGAUGAAUAAGGAAGGAAAUAUGUUUUACAUGACUGCAUAUGUAUAAUCUUUAUCAAAUUGCUUACCUUUUUAAUGAGGUUGGAGACCAGGGUGAGUAGGAAAGAAUUUGGAAAUUAAUAUAGAUUUUAUAUGUCCUUAGAAAAAAUUUUAAUCAUUAAAAAUAUUUUAAUGUGCUUAUAUGCUGAAAGGUAGAAAGUUCAGCAAAAUCAUUGGUCUAGGGGAGACUGUAAACAGAGUCAGAUAUAUAUAUAUAUUGCUAAUUAUUAAGGAAAAGAUACCGGUAAAGUAUAAGUGGAUGGCUUAUAAUACCAGUGCAAAGCUAGAGUGACCAGGCCAAUUGUACUGGGAGGAAAUUUUAUUCUUACUGUUGCUUCAGAUGUUUUAGGCUUUCAUUAUUAUUACUAUUAUUAUUUUUGUAUUUAUAGGUGACAACGAACUGGGGCUUUGUACUUAUAUCUUCUUUGAUCCAGCAGAUGAGGAUGGAAAGGAACCAGGGGUUUUUAUAACUGAAAUUAUUGAAGGAGGUGCAGUUCACAAACAUGGAUGUAUCCGUGUAUUUGACCAGAUUAUUAAAAUAGGUGACAUCAAUCUAAUUGGAUUGGAUGAAGCAGAAAUCGUCUCUACUUUUAAAAAAAUGGACGAUUCUCCUUUCCAGAUUGAAAUUGGCCGCGAACCACCUGAAGUGAAGUCAGAACUUAUCGAACUCCUGGAGUUGUCAGAGGAAAGGAAGAAAUAUUUUAUGGAUUCGCUCAUAAUACAGGAAAAAAUUAGAGAUAUCACUAUUGUGAGAGGACAAGCAAGUAUUUGUAGAAGUCCAAGAGUACCAUGGUACUGGAUGGCCAGCGACCUGAAAUUUGUUAUUGGGGCACUGAAAAUAUUAAUAGAAGAAGAUCAGGGAUGUAGAAAAAACAUCCAAGCUAUCUUUGAGCAGGCUAACAUUUUUCAAGACAAAUAUAAAGACAUGAACACAUACAAAGUGAAUAUGGAACAGAAACCUGAUGAAUCAAAUAAAGAAGGCACAUUUUUACCAUUGGCCCCAGAAGAAGAAUUAUUACUAGAACAAUUUAAAAUAAAACCUAAAGAGAUAAAAAAUGAAGAUUUAUCACCAGGGCAAUUAUUAGCCCAAGGGGAUUUCAAUUCAGAGACCCCAAUAAAAAAAGAAAAAGAAGAAGAUGAAAUAGUAGUGGAGGAAGAGAUUAUUAGCACUGGAAAACCUACAGAGGGAAAGGCUAAAAAGAGAUUUUCCUGGUUCCGCAAUAUCAAAGAAUGCAAGCUGUGGAACUUCUUUCAUUUUAAAAAACAUGACAAACAAGUAAAGAAUGUGCACAAGUGGGAAGAAAUUGAUCAAGAGGUAUUGGAUGAUUACUGUCCUUAUUCUACUGAAGCCCCUAAAACAUUGCCAACAGAGUGGACAAAUAUUGAAGUUGGUAAUUGGUUAUGGAGCAUUGGAAUGGAGGAGUAUGUUGUAAAAUUUUAUUGUAAAGGAAUAAAUGGUGAAAAACUCCUUACACUGGACAAUCGCUCUCUAAAAGAAAUCGAAGUCAACAGGAAGAAAGACCGCCGGAAAAUACUUAAGGCUAUUAAGAAAGUUAGAGAUUUUUGGGAAAAAAAUCAUCAUUUCGUCUUACUAUAGAAAUUGAUGGAAAAAGACACAGAAACUGAAAGAUAUGGCAAAAAUGGAAAAAGCAAUUACUUUUGUUAUAUUUACUUUUCAUCAUUUUACUUCUAUGUUACUUUUGUUAUAUGAACUUUUAAGGGAUUUUACUUCCAUGUUACUUUUGUUAUAUAAAAUUUUAAGGGAUUUUACUUCA